ACAAAGGAGCGAAAAGAAAGAAGAAAAAAAACUUGCUAAAUGGAUGAUCUUAGAGCACAUGAACCAUCCAAUAUACAGAGCAAUGACUUUGAUCAAGAUUUUGCAAUUAUAGAGAAUUUCGAAGAAUUCAUGGAUCAGAUUAGAGAAGACUUUGACAAACCCAUCAGCAAUUACGCGUCAAUUUAUUGUGAUAGUCAUCAACAAGUUAUUGACAAUGAGCUUAUGUACUUUCUUGAUGGUGCUAAGUACAAUAACCAGUUCUUGUCCACUCCUGAAUAUCUCUUUGAAUACAAUCAACACGGGAGCGCCAGCAAUAUUAGUGGUUGUAAUAUUGUCUCCGAUCCUAAUUUAUUACCAUCAAUUGGUAGUGUUAAAAUUGAUGGACUAUUAGAAGAGGAAGAAAAUGAUAGAGAUGAUUAUUCCUCUGGAAAUACAAACACACCUAGACCAUCAUCAUCUUUGAAGAGAAGUACCAGUACAUUGUUGGUGGAUGGUUCAAGUUCGGAACGAAAGAGGAGAAGUUGGAUGAAACAGAAGCUUUACUCUUUGCGUGCUUUGGUUCCAAACAUCACCAAGAUGGAUAAGACGUCAAUCAUAGGUGAUGCGGUGUCUUAUGUUCAAGAUUUACAAAUGCAAGCCGAGAAACUAAGAUUCGAAAUAACAAACCUUGAAUCCUCAUCGGCGAAUAAAAGAGAAAGUAUACUGAACUUAGUCGAAAGUCCAAAAAAGAACCAAACUCCAGGACAUAAAAAUAUGCAUCAAAGUUGCAAGAAAAUUGUGAAAAUGGAUGUGUUCCAAGUAGAUGAAAGUUUGUUUCAUGUAAGAAUAGUUUGCAACAAAGGAGAAGGUGUGGCAUUAUUUGUAUACAAAGCUCUUGAAUCAUUAACUUCCUCGGAUGUUCAAAGUUCAAAUUUCAGGACUUAUCCUGAGAGAGUGGCUUUUACAUUCAUGGUCAAUCUUAGAGAGUGUGCUGAAAAAACUGUGGAAUUAUCAAACUUGACUACAUGCCUGAAUAGUGCUCUUCUCGACCAAGGAUUUGAAUACAAAUUAAGCAAUGUUUAG